AUGGAGCCAUCAGGGCGGGGACGACGCGUGGUGCUUGUCCCUUACCCUUUCCAAGGCCACCUCACUCCCAUGCUUCAGCUCGGCGCCCUUCUCCACCGUUGUGGCUUCUCAAUCACCCUCGCCCACACACGCUUUAACUCUCCCUACACCUCCCACUAUCCACACUUCCAUUUCCUGCCUCUCUCGGACGACCUCGACGGCUUCGACACCUCCUUCCACAAUCUGCUCAAUGUCAUGGCCGCCAUGAACGCCAACUGCCUGCCCUCGUUUCAGGAACACAUGCUGAACAUGCUCGAAACAGAGGAUGUAGCCUGCGUCAUUUAUGAUAACAUCAUGACGUUCGUCGACGUUGUCGCAACUAGCCUCAACCUUCCCACCAUCCUUCUCAGGACUACUGCCGCCGCCUACAUGCACUCCCACCUUGUCCUCUUCCACCUCAUUGCACACAAACGUCUUCCUUUGCCAGAGUCCGAGGUGGAGCUUCCGGUUCCGAAUCUGCAUCCACUGAGGUACAAAGAUCUCCCUGUCCAGGCCACACAGAAACUCCCAGAACAAGUACGGCAAUUUCUACUGAGCUACAUGAACAUAAGAUCAUCCGCAGCUGUGAUUUGGAACACUAUUGAAACACUGGACCAAUGGCCGCUGCAGCAGCUCCAGCAACAAUGGCCGGUCCCCUUCUUCACCAUAGGCCCACUCCACAAAAUGGCACCACCUCUGCCUACUAGUCUCAUGAAGGAGGACGCAUUCUGCCUCUCGUGGCUCGACAAACGGCCUCCCAAUUCCGUCAUCUAUAUCAGCUUAGGCAGCAUGGCCACCAUCAACCAAGAGGAGUUGCGUGAGAUGGCGCGCGGGCUGGCCAAGAGCGACCACCCGUUUCUGUGGGUGGUGCGUCCCUCUCUCUUGAACGGCUCCUCGGAUGCGAUCGAGUCCUUGCCUGCAGACUUCAAGGAGUUGGUGCCGGAGAGGGGGCUGGUGGUGGACUGGGCCCCCCAGAGGAAGGUUCUAGAGCACCCUGCCGUGGGGGGCUUCUUCAGUCAUUGUGGCUGGAACUCCACUCUGGAGAGCCUGUGUGGGGGCGUCCCCAUGAUUUGUAGGCCGUGUUUCGCGGACCAGAUGGUGAACGCGAGGUACCUCACCCACGUGUGGAGGGUCGGGGUAGAGCUGGAGAGUGUUGGGGAGAAGAGCGUGGAGGGGGCCGUCAGGACUCUUAUGGGCAGCGACUGCGGGAGGGGGAUGAGGGAGAGAGCGGUGGAGAUGAAACUUGAGAUUGAGCGCUCCGUGGGACGAGGGGGCUCGUCUUCGGAGUCGCUCCAUCACUUGGUCAACUUUGUUGCCUCCUUGUAA